ACUGUUUACUCGAGCUCCUUCCCCAGCGGUCGCUGUAGUAGCGUCGAGUGGGUAGCGGGGGCCGGCCGCGCGUCCCGCACCACCCAGCGGCUGAGCCCUGCGCUGGCAGGGGGCCAGGCGCGGAUCGUGCGCGGGGCGGGCGCCGGACCACUUGGUCACUGGUGUGGGGCGCUGAGGAGGCGGACAGCGGGGUCGGGGGCCAUGAAGACGGAGAUCUCCACUGCCGCGGGCUUCAUCACCCGCCUGCUGCGCACCCCCGGCGGCAUCGGCGACGAGCAGCUGCGCUGCUUCAGCGAGUCACUGCAGGAGGCGCUGCGAGACCAUUAUAAACACCACUGGUUUCCCCUGAUGCCCUCCAAGGGCUCAGGGUACCGAUGCAUUAGGAUCAACCACAAGAUGGACCCUUUGAUAGGGAAGGCAGCCGGCAUGAUUGGACUGAGCCAUCAGAGACUCUUCCAGCUCUUACCCAGCGAAUUGACUCUUUGGAUUGAUCCCUUUGAGGUGUCCUAUAGAAUAGGAGAAGAUGGGUCUAUCUGUGUCCUUUAUGAAAGCCCCCCACCAGGUCUGAAGACUGCCAAAGCUCUGGAGAGUAGAAACAGCUGUAAAGAGGAAUGGAGAAUUGGCAGAUCAAGCCCUUCCAAGAAUUACAACAUGAUGACAGUUUCUAGUUAAAAAUUAACAUUCCUUGUACAAUGAUGUAUGUAUGUAUCCCAGUUUCAUAAUGAAGUUAGAUGAUGUAAUUGAAAUGUUGAUUUUCACCCCAUAGCCAUUAAAGUUGUAGUAGUACUGCCAAGUUCUUUGUUGUGGCCAAGGGCUAAUGUAUAAGCAGUUCUUUAAACUGCAUGUAAUUUUCUGGAUUGUAUACUGUAAAUGAAAUGUACAGUCAGCUGAUUGUUCUACAGAUAUCUAUUUUGACAGAAUCCUUGGCUAUUUGUAAUAAAAAGAAAAGUAACUUAA